AUGUAUUCUGUGCGACUUGUUGGAGGAAGAUCUAGCUCAGAAGGCCGUGUUGAGGUGUAUGUAAACGGUUCAUGGGGAACAAUUUGCGAUGACCAAUGGGGCAUCAAUGAUGCUACAGUGGUGUGUACACAACUUGGUUUAGGAAGUGCAACAUCAGCCAAAGUGUCGGCCUAUUUCGGUCAGGGUAGUGGAGACAUAGUUAUGGAUGAUGUCGCUUGCACGGGCACAGAGACCAACAUCGCCCAAUGCUCACAUUCAUCAAGUCAUAACUGUGGCCAUCAUGAAGAUGCUGGUGUAAUCUGCAUUGAUAUGUAUUCUGUGCGACUUGUUGGAGGAAGAUCUAGCUCAGAAGGCCGUGUUGAGGUGUAUGUAAACGGUUCAUGGGGAACAAUUUGCGAUGACCAAUGGGGCAUCAAUGAUGCUACAGUGGUGUGUUCACAACUUGGUUUAGGAAGUGCAACAUCAGCCAAAGUGUCAGCCUAUUUCGGUCAGGGUAGUGGAGACAUAGUUAUGGAUGAUGUCGCUUGUACGGGCACAGAGACCAACAUCGCCCAAUGCUCACAUUCAUCAAGUCAUAACUGUGGCUAUCAUGAAGAUGCUGGUGUAAUCUGUUGGUCUGUGCGACUUGUUGGAGGAACCACCAGCUCAGAAGGCCGUGUUGAGGUGUUUCUAAACGGUGUAUGGGGAACAGUGUGUGAUGACCACUGGGGCAUCAAUGAUGCUACAGUGGUAUGUACACAACUUGGCUACUCGAGUGCUGUAUCAGCCAAAUCGUCAGCCUACUUUGGUCGGGGUAGUGGAGCCAUCAAUUUGGAUGAUGUUGCUUGUACGGGCACAGAGACUACUAUCGCCCAAUGCUCACAUUCAUCAAGUCAUAACUGUGGCCAUCAUGAAGAUGCUGGUGUAAUCUGCACUGAUUACUCUGUGCGGCUAAGCGGAGGAAGCAACAACUUAGAAGGCCGUGUUGAGGUGUUUCUAAACGGUGCAUGGGGUACAGUUUGUGAUGACCAAUGGGGCAUCAAUGAUGCUACGGUGGUGUGUACACAACUUGGUUUUAGAAGUGCAACAUCAGCCAAAGUGUCAGCAUAUUUCGGUCUGGGUAGUGGAAACAUAGUUAUGGAUGAUGUCGCUUGUACGGGCACAGAGACCAACAUCAACCAAUGCUCACGUUCAUCAAGUCAUAACUGUGGCCAUAGUGAAGAUGCUGGUGUGGUUUGUAACAAUUCGACGACAGUACGGCUUGUGGAUGGUACUAGAUAUUUGGAGGGCCGGAUUGAAAUGUAUGUAAACGGUGCAUGGGGAACAGUGUGUCAUGACGGUUGGGACAUCAAUGAUGCUACAGUGGUGUGCAGACAGCUUGGCUUCUCCGGUGCAACGUCGGCCGAAUCUUCAGCUUUCUUUGGGCAGGGGAGUGGGGAAAUAGUUCUGGGCAACGUCGCCUGCACUGGUUCAGAAAGUAACCUGAGAGAGUGUCCAUCGGGCAAUAGUGGCUGCCACCAUGGCGAAGAUGCAGGUGUCAUUUGCAGCGCAUCAGGGGGUUAUGAUGUACGACUUGUGGAUGGUAUCAACCAUUUAGAAGGCCGUGUUGAGGUGUAUGCAAACGGUGCAUGGGGAACAGUUUGUGAUGACUACUGGGGCAUCAAUGAUGCUACAGUGGUGUGUACACAACUUGGCUUCUCUAGUGCAACAUCAGCCAAAGUGUCGGCCUAUUUCGGUCAGGGUAGUGGAGACAUAGUUAUGGAUGAUGUCGCUUGCACGGGCACAGAGACCAACGUCGCCCAAUGCACACAUUCAACACGUCAUAACUGUGGCCAUCAUGAAGAUGCUGGUGUAAUCUGCAUUGGGGGUUAUGAUGUACGACUUGUGGAUGGUAUCAACCAUUUAGAAGGCCGUGUCGAGGUGUAUGCAAACGGUGCAUGGGGAACAGUGUGUGAUGACGAUUGGGACAUCAAUGAUGCUACAGUGGUGUGCAGACAGCUUGGCUUCUCUGGUGCAACAUCAGCCGAAUCGUCAGCCUUCUUCGGCCAGGGGAGCGGGGAGAUAGUUCUGGACAACGUCGCCUGCAAUGGCUGGGAGGUUAACCUGAGAGAGUGUCCAUCAGACAGAAAUAUGAACUGCCAUCAUAGCGAAGAUGCUGGCGUCAUCUGCGUUGAGGAUUAUGAAGAUUCAUAUGGUUUCGGAUUAAGCUGGAUCGCUAUAAUUGGGAUAUCUGUUGGAUGCAUAUCUGGCCUGAUUGUUCUAUUCGUAUGCAUCCGCCAUGCCUGCAGUUCAAACACAACCAAUACCAGGGCACGAGGCACUUCCGUGGCACCACAGAACCUACCAGUUAUAGUUCAUCCAAGCUCGGGUGUAACUAUUCAAGGCAACGCCAUUGCUCCAUCGGUGUUCUUCAGUCCUUCCCAACAAAAUGUGGUCCUUAAUCCUUAUAACAAACCGUAUCCAGUGGCUGCUCCGAUGCCAAACUAUGCACCCUCCCCGCAAGUCGCUCAGGGGCCACAACCAAGACAGGGUACCACAGCGUACCAACAACCCACUCAGGGUACCACAGCGUACCCACCAACCGCUCAGGGUACCACAGCGUACCCACCAACCACUCAGGGUACCAAAGCGUACCCACCAACCACUCAGGGUGCCUUACCCUACCCACCACCUUACCAAGGUGUGGUGAAUUAUCGUCCACCUAGUCCGGGUAUUACACCACAACCUACAAUAGCCUACCCACUACCACCACCCAACCAGGGUGACACUUCUGGGACUUUCUACCCACCGCCAAGUCACGCACUUUACCCGCCAUCUGAGGAAACACCCAAGCCCCAGCAAGGGGCAUCUAAACAAUGA